AGGGGGAUUUGCAGGGAUGAGGAAACGCCUGGCUGUGAGUAACAGGGAGGGGAUCCUUGCUGCUGCUGGUCGGCUCCUGGGAAUGUCUCUCUGCCCUGAUUACCGGUGAAGAGAGUGGGGGAAGAGAGGGAGAGGAGGAGAGCCGAAAGGAGGGCAGAGAGGGAGAGAGGUGGCACUUCUUGCCCUGGGGCUGGCUCCAGCAAUGAUCACCUAGCGCAGGUGAUAGCUGGAGGAAGUCCCCAGGGCUGCAGAGCCAGCCCUGCUGCCCGGCUCCUCAUGGAGGGUGAUUUGGGGUCCCCCAAUGCCAGCGUGCUGGGGGAGCGCUCGCUGCUGGUGGGCAGCAGCUGGCUGGCUGCCUUCCUUUGCUUCAUCAUCCUGCUGACCACGGCGGGGAACUUCCUCCUCAUCCUCCUCAUCGUCAGCCAGCGCUCCCUCCGCAACACCUCCAACUACUUCUUGGUGUCCCUCUUCAUGUCCGACCUGAUGGUGGGGCUGGUGGUCAUGCCCCCAGCCAUGCUCAACCAGCUCUACGGGCGCUGGGUGCUGCGGGGUGACUUCUGCUCGCUCUGGUACGCCUUCGACGUCAUGUGCUGCAGCGCCUCCAUCCUCAACCUCUGCAUCAUCAGCUUGGACCGCUACCUGCUCAUCAUCUCCCCCCUCAAAUACAAGCUGCGGAUGACCUCCUGCAGGGCCCUCUGGCUCAUCCUGGCCGCCUGGACCUUGGCCGCGCUGGCCUCCUUCCUGCCUAUCAAGAUGGGCUGGCACAAGCUGGAGUUCGAGGUCCGGUCCCCGAAUAUCACCUCGCAGGGGGAUGAGGAGCAGUGCCGGCUAGUGGUCAGCUUGCCCUACGCCCUGGUGGCCUCCUGCCUGACUUUUUUCCUGCCCUCCGCUGCCAUCUCCUUCACCUACUGCCGCAUCCUCCUGGCAGCCCGCAAGCAGGCAGUGCAGGUGGCUUCCCUCACCUCCAACGUGGCCACCGCCACCACCGACGAGGUCACGGCACAGGUUCCCCGUGCCCCCAGCCAGCCCCCGGCCGGCAGCGAGAGCAGGAGGUUUGCCAGCAAGCACAGCAGGAAGGCGCUGAAGGCCAGCCUGACACUGGGCAUCCUCUUGGGCAUGUUCUUCGUGGCCUGGCUCCCCUUCUUCGUCACCAACAUGACACAGGCAGUGUGUGAGUGCGUCCCGGCCGGCUUCUUCGACGUGCUCACCUGGCUGGGGUACUGCAACAGCACCGUGAACCCCAUCAUCUACCCGCUCUUCAUGAGGGACUUCAAGAGAGCCAUGGGCAAAUACCUGCCCUGCUGCCGGCGCUCGGCGGAGCCCCGGCCCAGCGCCAUCUCCCUCUCCAUGAGGAACUCCAACAGCGGGCCCCGCGUGGCCACGUCCCUCAAGAACGUCCUCACCUUGCAGGCUGACACCGACUCCGUCGAUUCUGGGGCACCGGUGGAUGAACACAGCCUGCCGCCGCCGGCCGUUGACGCUGCCCAAGCACUCCUGGCCCCCGGCGUCCGCUUGGUCAAUAUUUUUGACAUGGAGCCCCACGAAGAGGAGCUGCAGCACCGGCAGCUCGGCACCCCAGUGGCCUGAGAAGCCGUCUGUGGGGCUGCAGGUGGAGGAGGCGCGGUUUUGGAGCCCGGUGUCCCAGGUCGGAUUGCCCCAGCACACGCAAACCCUCUGGGAGGACAACCACAAGGUGUUGCCCUGCCCUGAGCUCCUCGAUACCAUCUUUAAGGGAAACUUGCAUCUCCCUGGGGUUGUUGCUGACCACUUCUGCGGGUAGGUUUAAAGAGUGCAAAGCCACACGUUUUCCUGCUGAAUCGAUCUGCCUUGUUUCUCUCUCCUUCCAUCCCUUGUUUACUCACCAGUUCCUCACCCUUCUUGAGCUGCUUCUCACGGCCUUUUCACAGCCCGUUGAUCCGAACCUCGCACAUUUUGCCAGCCUCAUUGUGUCUCCCUGCACUUCAACCAAGGGCGGGUUUUUCAGCUUGCACUCAUACAGCUCAGUACAUCCCCUCUAACGCGUGCACUAGGUGCACCAACGGAAGAGGAAACAUCCUGUGACUCACGGGCAACAGGUUUGGGGCUGCUUCAGUCCACAGAACGUCGCGUCUGCUUGGAGUUUAAUUUCCUCGCCCCAUUUGGACUGUAUCUGUCAGAGUUUCCUCUGAAAGCAGUGAGCUGCAGCAUGCUGAAACCGUCCUGUUUAAUCAUGAACAGCCUGCGCUACGGGGGAUUAAAUCUGAUGCAAAAUGUUCAGCACUGCCUUUUGGAUAUUCCACAAGGGUGUGGGUGUUCGACUUGUUUGUGGCUCUCUGGAUAUCCUGACAGUAGUAAGGAAGGAAAUCAGCUUCCCUUUAGCUUUCAUUCCCUUUAGCUUUCAUCCUACAGCUUCCUAUUUUUGGCAUGACCGGCGUACUUUGCUCUUGACAAUCCAUGAGUUUUAAGAUGAUGCAAUUAGAAAACAGAGAUUUCUGCUCUUCAAAUCAGAAUAUCAACUUUCAAAUGACAACGCCACCCCCCCCCCCCCAACCCUCCCCAUAGCCGUAAGCAGGGAGAACAGGGAGCAGCAUGGCCAGUGGGCACUUUAAAAAAGCAGCAAUGAAUGCUUGCAGCUAAUUCUUCCUCAAGUGCCUUUCAGGUGCAGAGUCGGGUUGAUAGUUUGUUGCUGUGCCCUCCCUGAACCCCUGCCCUACCAGCCUUCCUUCAGAGCUCCUGAUUUUGGCUGUGCUCCUGAAGCCCACAAUCACACAGACAAGCGAACACAAUGCAGGGGGAAGCUGCAUGCCAGGCAAAGUCUCAUUAGUUUUCUUUCCACGUUGCCCACAUAUGUUGCAGAACUGAACAACAAGUGCUUCGAUGACUGACUUGACAUUUAUUUGCUACAAACCCGCUUGCAGCCGAGGGCUGGCCCUGUGGUCAACGACAAAUGACCACGACAGACGGAGGACUCAUCACAGGUUCAGGUAUCAAACUGGUUACUAGGUUUUUUCCCUAUAUCUGUGGCCAGAUAUUUAGCUUAGUGUUGGUACCAAGCAUGAAGAUGAAUGUGUACAUCUGUCCACAACUAGUUGUAUAUAAAAACACACGUGGGCUGUAACUCCAGUUAAACCAGAG